UUCAAAAUAAUAUUGAAUGGGCGUCUGACAGAAUGUGAGCUUGAAGGGAAUGAAUGAGCACGCGCGCUGUAAAUGAGAGGAAGUAGGACGCUGCCACGAGCUGCUGAGGCGCGUGUGCUCAUCACGGCCGCCAGGAGGCAGUGUUUACCCCCUAGAAUAAAAAGCGCUCCUCUCCGGACUGAUUGAUCACAUGCUGGGAAGGUUGGAAGUGGCGCCUUCAUGUCACAUGUGCGCACCGACAAAAGUGAAUGGCACGCGGGCGCAGGAGUGACACCGAUGCGAGAGAGACGGGGAGCCUACCAUCGCUGAUGAGGGUGAAGCCCCUCGCAGGGGGGCAGAGGAACAAGUAGAAGAGCCGCGGAGAGGAUGAGCAUGAAAGCCGCGGGAGAUUUUACUUUACAAACACCGGCGGCUCCGUUAUCCGCUCUUUAGGACUCACGGGGGGAAGUCAGCUCAGGCUGAAUUCAAGCGCGGAAAAAGUUCGGUGACCGCAGAGCCUACAAUGCUUCAAAAUGGGUCUCACCUGAACACCUCCUCGCAGGACACCGUCCUGAGCCGCCCGCCGUGGGUCACCACAACUUUGGGGUGCUUCCUCAUCUUCACUAUCGUCGUCGACAUUCUUGGCAAUCUGUUGGUCAUCUUCUCUGUGUAUCGGAACAAAAAGCUGAGGAACGCAGGAAACAUCUUUGUGGUGAGCCUCGCAGUGGCAGACCUCGUGGUGGCCAUCUAUCCAUACCCCCUGGUCCUCACUUCCAUUUUCCACAAUGGCUGGAACCUGGGUUCUGUCCAUUGUCAAAUCAGCGGCUUCCUCAUGGGUGUCAGCGUCAUCGGCUCCAUCUUCAACAUCACCGCCAUCGCCAUCAACAGAUACUGUUACAUCUGUCAUAGCCUCAAAUACGACAAGCUGUACAGCGACAAAAACUCAGUGUGCUAUGUGAUUUUGAUAUGGGCCCUGACUGUGGUGGCCAUCGUACCCAACCUGUUUGUGGGUUCACUCAAGUAUGACCCCCGAGUUUAUUCCUGCACAUUUGAACAGUCGGCCAGCUCAGCGUAUACAAUCGCAGUGGUAUUUUUUCAUUUUAUUUUACCCAUUAUGAUUGUCACCUACUGCUAUUUGCGCAUCUGGAUAUUGGUGAUCCAGGUGAGAAGAAGGGUCAAGCCAGACAACCGGCCGAAGCUGACGCCGCACGACGUCAGAAACUUUGUCACAAUGUUUGUUGUGUUUGUGCUCUUUGCUGUCUGCUGGGCACCCCUCAACUUUAUCGGACUGGCUGUAGCAAUCAAACCGGAGGUGGUCGUUCCCUUAAUCCCGGAGUGGUUAUUUGUGGCCAGCUACUUCAUGGCCUACUUCAACAGCUGCCUUAACGCCAUUGUGUACGGUGUGCUGAACCAGAACUUCCGGCGGGAGUAUAAGCGCAUUGUAGUGUCUGUGUGCACAGCUCGCAUCUUCUUCCAGGACAGCUCCAACGAUGCAGGGGAGAGGCUCAAAAGUAAACCGUCACCGCUCAUGACCAACAAUAACCAGGUCAAAGUGGACUCCGUCUGAAGCAGAAGGCCAAGACUCACAUGCUGUGUAUUUUUUUUUCUUUCUAAGAAGCUGAGUGACAAACAAACAAACCAAAUAGUUACACAAAGCAGCUUGUUCUGUGAGCUGUCCAGACUGUCAUAUCGUACGGUGCUAUUUUACCUCUGAGAACAAUCACAGUAAGAGAAGAGCGGAGAAGAAUCUCUAUUCAAGCACUUUGACUCUACAGUACAUGUAGUACAGUGAAAAAAUGAUGUCUGUUUUGUUUUUAUGUUUACAGUGAUGAGAUAAAUGUAUCACACAUAAUACACUGUAAGUAUUUAUUUUGUAUCAGAUGUCAUGUAGAUAUAUAGUACAAAUAUUUCUGGUUCUGGGUAUGUAAAGAAACGUUUUAAGAGGCCAAUAGCACAUUUAUAUAAAAGUUUUGUUGAAAAUGUUACUUUAUAUAUGAACUCAUUUAAUGACUUCAGAAAGUGUAAGCAGUGAGAGUUGCUGCUUAUCCUACAGCACUGUCCAUAUACAAUAGGUGAAAUAUUGCAUUUAUUAAGACAGCUGUAUACUGUAUGCAUGAAUAUCAGGAGUUAUCCAUAUUCAAAAUAAAAAAAAAUCUCAUAUUGAUGAUUAUUGAUAAAUCUGAUCAAGGGGUUGUUUUCUAUCUGUGCCUUUUUGCCUGGUUUGGACUUUUGGUUGUUUAAAUGUUUUUCUUUUUACGUUAAAGAUAAUCAACAAAAUUUAGAUAUUUCAAAUUUAAUGUUUUAGUAAAUAAACCAUUUGCAAAAAUGCAUUGUUUUUCAUUAAAUCGAUAGAGAUUUACGACAUUAAGCCAAAUGUUGGCAUUCAGUUUAUGUUU